ACUGCACCGUCACCAGAGAAGGACGAUACUAAUCAUUGGCCCCACGCAUCCAACGAGCCAGUCCUUCAGCCCAGAAAGCUACACACAAGCCGUGCAACCAGCCAGCAGUAUCCAAGCACACAGCCAGCAACAAACCUCUGCACCCAUGGCCCCCUCUCCGACGCCCGAAACAAGAGCGCCGGUCUCGUUGGCGACGAUUGCAAACGCACCAACGCUUGCAAGAGACGAGUUGGUUCGUCUUGAAGCACAGCUCCAACGCGAGUACCGUGCGCUUUCCAAGCAGUACGUGCGGUCGAGGCUUGCGCGGAUCAACACCAUGCUCGACCGGAUCGAUUCUCAGGUCCAUUUGUUCGCCGAGAAGGAUAAGCUUUGGCAACAAAUCUGUGGAUUUGAAGUUGAGAUGAUCAAACGUUUGAAGACAAAUACUGAGGAUAUGAUCUUGGGAGAAAGUACCAGUGCCAGAACGGGAAGUGUUAGUGUCAAUGGUAAUGGAGACCCACUGCCGUUGGAGUAUGCUGAAUACCAAGCAGAACUCUCAACUCUUCUUCUGAGCGUACAAUCACCAUUAGUGGUGGAUGCCAACUUCAAAGAUCCAGCCAAUCAAUCGCCAUUCCCACGACAAUUUGAAGGGAUCUCUCAACCCUUUGUAGAAGAACUUGAGGUGUCAUUAAGAGAAUUCCAAUACCAGUCCGGACUUCUCCGGUUCAACCUGAAGACUAAAGGAACUACGCUCUGGAAGCAAUAUAUUGCUCAACUUGCUGAGAAACGAAAUGAUAUGGUGGCUGAGACAUGCUCAAAGGUGCAUAGGAUCACCCGAGAGUAUCAGGAGGUGGACUCUGAACGAUUGAAAGAAGCUCAAUGGAAGAACUAUUACCGGUCUUUGAACAGUUGUAGAGGCAUCAAGAGAAGCUUUGAUAUGAAGGAGAACCAUGACAAUUAUUAUACGGACCAGGAGAGUUUGAAUCGGAACAAUCGAGUGGAGAUGGGAGAUAUAAGGGGAAGGAUUAUUGAGAGAGAAAGAGAAGAACAAAGUGAACAAAGUGGAGGGGUUGUACUUGAACUGUGUGGUGGACUUGAUGAAAAAGAGGUGGAAUCAGAUCUUCAACUGAUUAGAGUUGGGGUUCAUGAUCAGGAUGUACGGUUGAGUCAACGUCUUGAAGAAGAGGAGGAGGAGGAGGAGUUGGCCCUUGUAGGAGAAGAGGAUGAAGGAGAGAAGGAAAAGGAAGAUAGAGAGGAGGAGGAACAGGAAGAGAAUAAGUCUCUUGAUAAGGAUGAGUCUGUCUCCGAUGACCAACCCGACUUGAAGUAUAAACAACUUCUUCUGUUUGAUAAUGAAAGUUCUCCUUCACCAACACUUUCCGUGGUGACUCCACUUUCUACGUCUCCCACAGGGACCUCUACAGGCCCACCUUCUACGAAGUUUAGGUACCAACAGCUCCCACCAUUUGAGUUGUUCCCGAGCUUACGCAAUCAGUUCCAGCUGCCCCCAGCGAAGAGACACCAUCGGAUGGAUGAACCUACGGGAUUGUUUGAACCAGAGGUUCAGAGGAAUGAAGGGGAAAGAGAAGCACAGAGAGAGAGCGAACAGAGAGAGAGAGAAGAGCAGAGAGAAAGGGAACAACGAGAACGAGAUGAACACAGAGAGAGAGAGAAAUAUAGAGAAAGAGAACAAUUCAGAGAGAGAGAAGAUCGAGAAAGAGAACAGAGAGAUGGAGAACUCCAUCAACAGAAUCUUAACCGUCAACAGAAUCAGCAUCUCCAGCAACAACAACAACAACAGCAGCAGCAGCAGCAACAACAACAGCAACAACAUCUCCAAGCUCAACAGGCUCAAGCUCAACAGGCUCAAGCCCUGACUCAACAAGGUCUGCCCCAAGGUCUGCAUCAGAAAGUACUGACCGCUCUCAACCCCGUACAAGCUCCUCACACCCCUCAUACACCUCAUGCUUCACAUGCGUCGACUUCACAUGGUUCUCAUGGUUCAGCCUCGCCCUUCCCACUUCUACCACACCUCCAACAUCAAUUCCACCAACAACAUCUUCUUCAACACCAACAGUUCCAACAACACCAACACCUCCAGCAACAACAACAACACCAACUCCAGCAACAACACCAGCUCCUGCAACAACAGCAACAACAACAACAGCAGCAGCAGCUUCACCACCAGCAGCCACUACAACAGAUGAUGCUCUCCCGACAACAUCUCCCACAACUCGCCCCACAACAGUUGCCACCGCCACAUCUCCAUCAACUCCCGUCACGCCCACAACACAUGGGACCACACCCGGAGCAUUUUUUCCCACCACCACCACCACCAGGACACACACAACUGCAACAUUACCAACCACACCCGUCGUCGUACUCGAUGCAAGUGCAACCGCCCGUGAACGUACACCAACUUCCCUCGAUCCCACUUGAUCACUUUGUCAGACAUCAAUUCUUUGGUGGCAACCAGAACAAUCAGACCAACCAGAACAACCAGAACAACAACCAGAACAGAUAGGUUUACAUAGCAUAAAAUAAAUUGAUAUAUUA